AUGCCAAACCCAGAAUUCGGCCUGGCAUCCGACUCCACACACGACUUGAUCUGGAUUUACUACAUGAGCGGUAACGGACUUGUCCAGGUCCACAUGUCCGGACUCGAUGCUACCGGCGACGGAAUAUGGGAACCUGCCAUCUCGCUCAAAGCGUCGAAUGCAGAUGCUGGAGCUGAUAACAACACGUCGCCAUCUCCUUCCACGCCAGCAGCAUCGGAACCCAAGGGCGCAUCAACAGGCGGUGACCUACCCGGUCCAACCAAAGCCGGUAUAAUCGCCGGUAUGAUCGCCGGUUCAAUAGUCGCAUUUUUCGCAUUAACCACAGCCAGCUACGCCCUGGGCCAACAGAUACGCGCAAAGAAGACAUCAGAUGGAUCUGACCACCCGACCGAUGCUCACGAGCUGGGGGACGAGCCGAAGGCUAGACAGGAGAUGCCUGGUGGGAAUUUGAGUCACGAGAUGGAACAGCCGGAUGUCGCUCAUGAAAUGGAUGACCGCCGGGAAGCCGAGUCGGUGGAGGUGUUUGAGAUGCCUGGGGACACGGUGCUGGAGACGAAGGGCUCGGAUUUGGAUUAG